GCUUCAGAACACAACAAACGAUGGGAGUGUUCGCCGAUGCCAUCAAGUCGGCGCUGGAGCCAGGCACAGGGGACAAGUUUGUGAUUGUGCUCAACGGGGUGCUCGUGACGCUGCUGGCGGUGAUCGGGCUGACGAUAUGGUCGGGCAUCGAAGACUCGAUUCACAUGUUUGUGUUUUUGUUUCUCGCUGUGGGGUUGACCUUGUCAAUCAACUGGUUCCUUAUGGAAGCGCGCAGCUUGCAAGCCCAAGGCAAGCUUCAGUGGGGGACUGAAGACGGUGCGACCAGCGCGGCUAGGCAAGAAGAGCUGAAGAAGACGGACUAGGACGAACGACCAGCAGCCAGCUCGUUUUGAGCAGAGAUUCGUGAUGUAAUGUACAUACAUACGUUACACUUCGUCAUGGCUAUUGCUACUGCCGCCACGAGUGGAGGGCGGCGGUGGCGAUCGAACUCGACGACUGACCGCAUUGUCCUUGACUAGAAGUCCUUGUUGAUCUUCCCGCAGAGGGGACCGCACCCGCCUCUGCGUUCCAGUCUCCAUCAUGGAUGACGGGGUUUCCGGAAUCGACUUCGGCGAACUCAAGUCGAGCAUGUUGUCUAGUGCUUCUUCUUCGUCGUUGUCGUCGGCGGCGGCUUCGGUCUUGGACACUUUGGCAUACUCGUCACGGUCGGACGACCGUUUGGCUUUGGCGUGUCGAAGCCCAAUCAUGCCGACCACCAUCCCCAGCAGCACAAUCAAACUGACCAGCAGCAAAGCCUUCUUCUCAUGAUGGGCCACCUCUGGCAUGCUGUUGGGCCUCAAAGUGACUACACCCACCGUGUCAACCAUGUCGUCGUCGUACUUGGUCAAGUUCCCAUCCACGUCGUCAAUGUGAGUAUGCGACACUGUCACAUGCAGCAAGGACGCGUGCAAUGUCAUGCAGUUCACAUGAUCACUGUGAACAGACAGAUCCGAUCCAAACGAUGCACACGUGCCGCACGGCGGCAGCACCAGCGGCCGCCACACUUGAAACGCCCCGUCGGCGGCGGCAUGGCCCAACGCUACAACCAACACCAUCACACAUUUUUCG